ACUUCACAUCUCAGAUUUCUAAGACGUUGAAGGUCGGAAGUUCGUGUAACUCUGGUUCCUUUGGCACAAUUUAUCGGCGUACCAUCGAGUCCAGCGAAGGUACAAUAGAGUGAAGGUGUUCAAGAUUGAUCCUGGAAGACCUAUGGAGAGAAUUGAAAAAGUCAGUCUUCUAACUGGCUCAAUUCACACUUCCCUCAACAUGGUCUAUGUAGGGAAUACGUCGAGAAAUAAAGGUGUGGCUUAGACUGAACACCCGACUAUCGUGCCGCUACUUGGCACCGCAAAGGUCGAGUCCCCAUUUCCGGCUCUCGUUUCCCGAUGGAUGUCCUCUGGGACAUUGUAUAUGUACCUCGAGCAAGGUAUAGUUACCGCUCCCGCUAAAGUUGAAUUGGUGGGUCCCUUGUGCACACCAAUCACGUUCAUUGAUUUUAUGCUACAAGGUCAUGGGCGUUGCCGAUGGCCUGAAUUACCUUCAUUCGGAGAACGUGGUUCACGGGGACCUUCAUCCUGCGAAUGUGCUCAUCGAUGGUUCAGGGAAUCCACGUCUCACUGAUUUUGGUCUCGCAACAGUCGUAGGGAACGUAGAGUUGCAGUUGAAUUCGACGACUGCAGAACGCAGUUUUAACCAUCGAUGGCGUGCGCCUGAAGUCAUUGGAAUUGAGCGUGACCCGGAACGACCAACUUUCAAGAGUGACAUCUAUUCUUUCGGUGGUGUCAUGUUCUUUAUCAUCUCGGGGGAUGUGCCAUGGAAAGAGAAGAAACAUUCGCAUCAAAUCACGAUUGAGCUAUCGAAAGGAGCCAUACACGCGCGUCCCAACAAAAUCCUUAACGAUCACUGGAACUUGAUACAAAAAUGCUGGUCUUGGGACCCUGUAGAUCGUCCCGGGGCAGCGGAGGUUUAUGGUAACAUUGCACCGAAGAACGCCACCAUUAUUGAGAGUGGCGCCGGGAAAAGCUCCGUUAAGAAGAAGGUCAAUCCUUCUUACGAUACCAAAAUGGUGGAGUUUAUCAACGGCCCUGCAUAUGCACAAGGCAGUACACAAUAUACUGCGCUUAUUUGGCCCUCUUCGUCUUUCAACAUCCGCACCACGCAUAUACCUCAACAAGAGCUUGCAAGCGCCUCCGCCAAAAGACGACAUGGAAGCUCUCUUCGUCCUGUUCCACUUGUUGGGACGCACGAUCCUGCGUCACAUGCGCCUGCUCUGGAGACUAUCUACCCCACACCAAUGCGCCCGGCACCUGGCCACUCAGUUAACGUUUCUCAAGAUGGUUGGAUCCCGCGAGCGGACCCACAAAGAUCUUUUAUUACAAUCCCACUACCACACGAAACCAUUCAGCCCAUGGCCCCUAGCACGCGCUCCAACGAAUUAGACAACCACCCACGGCACAAUUCCUUGUAUGACGCCAGGGACCCGAACUACGCUCUUGUGAGAACCCGUGAUUAUGCAUACGCUCAACCUGCCCCAAUUCAUGUCCCAAGACCACGUUCUCCACCGAUUGUAUCGCGGUCAUUGGCGCAUAUCCCUCAAUACGAACUUGUAAACGUCCCCGCUAGAAGACAACAUGGAAACGCUCUCCGUCGCGAGAUGCCUUCUGCGCACACAAGGAGUGGAAGCCAGCCUGAACGACAUACAUCAUCACGCAGUGGAUAUGGACGCGAGAGGGGUCGGAAGGAGGAUUUAGUAGAACGUUGGCGUACAGACCCAGAAGUUUUCGCUACGGCAGCUCCUGGGACGGCUCAACGCAAGCCACCUGGAUCUUACCGUCCCAGGGAGUCAACCAUGCGCGCCCCGCCUGCUGAUUCACGUCUUUCAAGUCGCGUAGAGUCUCACACAUCACAAGUCACCCCCCCAAAAGGGAGUCCACCACGGUCAAGAAAUCCGCUCGACUAUUUCAGGCAACGUUUCCAACGGCGAUCACACUCACCCGACAGCAUUCCAGAUAUAACUGUAGAACCACCCUCUGAUGACUCUUCGAGCUCAUCCGAUAGCGUUCCAGAUAUAACAGUAGAACCACCCGUAUGUAUUCCCACCUCUCCACUGUAUCUUUCGUUCAUCAUCUUUGCAGUCUGAUGACUCUUCGACCUCAUCUGAGUACACGCAUCACUCCCACCUUGAUGCCCCACGACCUCUACCCCUAUCUCACGAAGAGCGCUCCCAGACAUCCAAAAGACAUCCACAAGACUCGCAAAGCCCCUAUCGCUCAACCAUGCCCGUGAAGCCUCAGUGGCCAGCAGGGUUCAUUCCCAUGCCAGGGGCACCUCUGCUCAGAUCGAUACCACUUUUCCCUGAUCAGGAUGGGUAGGUAGGAACGAUGGACAUUUGCGU